ACAUUUAAAUGGAAAAACCCAUCUCUAGUGCAAGGAGGUUAAUGUUAUCCCUCAGUGUAGUGUAUUGUAUUGUAUCAUAUCCACCUGUAUAGUUAUAUAGAACACCCUCUAGUACCCUUCUCAGGGGGAAGCCAGAGAACAUGUAAAAGGCCUUGCUGCAGAGUACAUAGGAAGUGAUUUUAACAAACUGCUCAGCUUCCUGUUUUGGCACCUGCCCUCGUUUAAGAUUGUGUUGCGAAUAGGAAGUCUGCACAGAGACCGUUAAGCUUCAGGCCUGAUGGCUCACACGGCCCCGUGACGCUUCACCCGGGAUAGUUUGUUCUUUUUUCUAAGUCGGAGCCUGAAGUGACAACCAACGUGUAGGGUGACCUGCCCUGGUGAUGGAGAAGAGCCCUGCCUGCUCCCCCCUCCGACCCGAAGGGGCAAGUGGCCCAGAAGUAGGGGUGGGGAUGUUGGAGAACUCCACACAGGAAGAGCAGCACGGAAGGCUCUUGUUUGACGACUCUGGACUCCCCGUGCAGCUCCAGAGCAGUCUGGAGUCUCUGAGGUUGGAGAGCUCUCUGACAGACGUGACGCUCCGAAUCCAAGGAGUGGACUUCCCCUGCCAUCGAGUUGUGCUGGCUGCCGCCAGUCAGUACUUCAAAGCCAUGUUCUGUAGUGACCUGAGAGAGAAACAUGAAGACAAAAUCAAUAUUAAAGGGCUUGAUGCAGAGACCAUGGCAAUCCUGCUAAAUUACACCUACACAAGCAAGGCCCUCAUUACUCAGCACACCGUACAGAAAAUUCUGGAAGCUGCCAGCCUGUUUCAGUUCACUCGCAUGGUAGACGCUUGUGCCAACUUCCUGAAGGAGGCCCUUCACCCAGACAACUGUGUGGGGAUCCUGCACUUGGCAGACACUCACUCGCUGACCAGCCUGAAGGCAUGCGUCCAGGCCUACAUUAUCCAAAGGUUCACCCUGGUGGUGGCCCAUGACGAGUUUCUGGAGUUGGCCGAGGACGUGCUCGUGGGCCUCCUGCAGACGGACGACCUGGCCGUGUCAGAGGAGGAGCUAGUCUUCACGGUCACCAUGCGCUGGGUCAGGGCGCGGGAGGCCGAGAGGGCCCCCUCCUUGCCGCGGGUGCUCAGGCAUGUGCGGCUGCCCCUGCUGGACCCCUGCUACUUUGUGGAGAUGGUGGAAGGAGAUCCGCUGAUCCGUGGGUGUGAGGCGCUGUUCCCACUGCUGCAGGAGGCGCGAGCCUAUCACCUGUCUGGGAAUGAGGUUAUCUCAGAGCGCACUAAGCCCAGAAUGCACGAGUUCCAGUCGGAGGUGUUCAUGAUCAUUGGGGGCUGCACCAAGGAUGAGAAGUUUGUGUCUGAGGUCACGUGUCUCGAUCCCCUACGGAGGAGUCGUCUGGAAGUGGCCAAACUGCCCAUGACCGAGAUGGAGACAGAGACUGACAAUAAGAAAUGGGUGGAAUUUGCCUGUGUGACUUUCAGGAAUGAAGUCUAUAUAACUGGCGGGAAGGAGACUCAGCAGGAGGCGUGGAAGUACAACGCUUCCCUCAACAAAUGGAUACAGACUGAAUACAUGAGCCACGGUCGCUGGAGACACAAAAUGGCAGUUGUGGGUGGAAAGGUUUACGUUUUGGGAGGUUUUGAUGGAGUCCAAAGACUGAGAAGUGUGGAAGCAUACGACCCCUUUCACAACUGCUGGACUGAGACAGCCCCGCUCACCCUCUGUGUCAGUUCCUUCUCUGCUACCAGUUAUGCCAAGUGCAUAUAUGUCAUUGGAGGAGGUCCCAAUGGGAAACUUGCCACAGACAGCAUGCAGUGUUACAACUCGAUCUCAAAUGAAUGGACCAUCAAGAGUCCAAUGCCUGUGGAGGCCAAGUGCACCAACGCCGUCACCUUCAAAGACUUCAUAUAUGUUGUCGGUGGCGCUAUGAAAGCACUGUAUGCUUACAGCCCGAAAGAGGACUCGUGGAGCCUGAUGACCACGCUGACUUGCGAGAGGGCCAGCUGCGGCAUCUCAGCCUGUAACAACAAGCUCUUCAUUACCGGAGGCCGAGACGACAAAAAUGAGGUCAUUGCCACGGUGCUGUGCUGGAACCCUCAGACUCAGCAGCUGACCGAGGAGUGCGUGCUUCCCCGCGGAGUCUCUCACCACGGCAGCGUGACCCUGAGGAAGUCCUACACUCACAUACGGAGGAUAACAGCCGGCCUGUCCCCUACCUAACAGGGACCUAUGCACUGGGCACCGUCCCCUACUUAACAGGGACUUAGACUGAGUUGAUAUGUCUUUUGUUCAGGUACCGAACAGUUUAUACAGGUACUGUCCUUUUUGAAAAUAUGAAUGCCUGGGUUGCGCAACAAAAACGUAAGCCUACAU